AUGCGCCUCUACAUGGAGGACUUGCUCGACUGCUCCGGGUUAUCCGCACUGAAUUCUAUUGUUCUCUCAUCAAAUGAGUGUCCAGACCUAGAAGAAUGGAAAUUUGAAGGUCCUAGAUGGCUUGCAAGUCAACUAAUGUCCGGGCCCUGCUCGCUCGAGACGGAGGCAGCAUGCAACCACAUGUAUCUAGCGUCUCACAAGCAACAGAGCAACGAGGCUGGUGUGUGGUCCGUGGAGGGAUGGGUGGAGCUAAAGGAGCAAUUGGAAUUCAUUGCGAACAAAUUGGAGUUUUUUCCUACGGAUGUCGAGCUUAGUAAACAGACUCGUGCUUUGGCGGCGUCGUUGAAGCUCAAUAUGGAGGAGGCCGAGCAACGAGCGGCGGCAGCCACAAAAGAAAAUACCGAAUAA